ACCCGGUCGAGCACCGGAUUUCUGAUAAACCCUAGUUCAUUCAAUCCCCCCAAAACGCUCGGGAUUGCAGUAUUUCCAUGUACCUAAUUGGGGAAAGAAUGCUAUUUAUCUAGUGAUUUGGCUUAGAAUUUUCAAUGGAUCUAGACAAUGAGGACCUGCCACAAUACGAGCAUAUAUUUCAAAAUGAGUUCUCACACAGAAAACACAAGAAGCAAAAGGAGGAAGAUAUUGCUAUAUGUGAAUGCAAAUUUGACUUUAGCGAUCCUGAUAGUGCUUGUGGAGAGAGGUGUUUGAAUGUACUAACCAGCACAGAAUGCACUGCAGGUUAUUGCCCUUGUGGCGUCUACUGCAAGAAUCAGAAAUUUCAGAAAUGUCAAUAUGCUAGGACAACCUUGUUUAAAACAGAAGGCCGUGGGUGGGGUCUACUGGCUGCUGAAAAUAUAAAGGCAGGACAAUUUAUUAUUGAGUACUGUGGAGAAGUGAUAUCAUGGAAAGAAGCAAAGCGGAGAGCUCAAACUUAUGAAAAUCAAGGUCUUAAGGAUGCUUUUAUCAUCUCUCUAAAUGGCUCUGAAUCUAUUGAUGCCACCAAAAAGGGAAGCCUUGCUAGGUUCAUAAACCACUCAUGCCAACCUAAUUGUGAGACCAGGAAAUGGACUGUUUUGGGAGAAAUAAGAGUUGGAAUAUUUGCAAAGCAAGACAUAUCUGUUGGAACUGAAUUGGCAUAUGAUUAUAAUUUUGAAUGGUAUGGUGGUGCCAAAGUUCGUUGCCUCUGUGGUGCAACAAACUGUUCUGGGUUUCUUGGAGCAAAGUCUCGUGGCUUUCAGGAGGAUACUUAUCUAUGGGAAGAUGAUGAUGAACGAUAUUCAGUCGAAAAGAUUCCAUUGUAUGAUUCUGCAGAAGAUGAGCCUGCCACAAAGCUCCUCAAAACUGUGGACUCUAACUCUGGAAAUGUUACCGACUUGGAAAAUGAGAAGUCCAUGAAAGUGGAUAUUAGUGAAGGGUGUGACCACCAGAUGAAAUCUACUGCCCCUGCUCAGACAAUUGAUGCAGUUCCGAUGGACGGGGUAGGUGUGAAUGCAUUGAAAACUGAAUCAACUGAUGAGAUGAAAUUAUAUUCACAAGAUGCUCAACAAGCUUUUCCACAAAAUAAUGCAAUGAUAUCUCGUAUCAAAAGUAACAGUGCAUGUCGAAAUUAUCACAUUAGAUUAGGGCCCAUGCCAAAGAAAAAAUCACCGCAUUAUUCAAAUGGAAAGUCAAAAAAUCUUUCACAAAAGCAAGUUGAUGCGAAGCGUGUUGUGCAGCUCUUAGCUUCAUCGAAGGAAGCACAGGAGGAAGUUUUGAGAUAUGAGAAAAUGAAGAAUGAUGCUGCCUCCCAGCUUUCGUCGUUGUAUGACGAUAUACGACCUGUCAUUGAAGAACACGAGAGGGACAACCAGGAUAGUGUAUCGACAAGUAUAGCUGAGAAGUGGAUCGAAGCAUGCUGCUUGAAACUGAAGACAGAAUUUGACCUUCAUUCUUCUAUUGUCAAGAACAUACUCUGCACUCCACCGGCGGCACAGAGCCAAGCAAUGCCUAUCGAAGGAAGCAAUGAUAACGAAGUCAAGUACUUGGAGUUUUGAAUUUAGAGAUGUUAUUUUGGCAAAGCCAUACAAUAUUAACCGAUGACAACAGAUGAUCCAAGAAAUUGAAAAUGGAAGAGGACGUCCGCCCCAAGAAUGGGGUGUUGCCCUUUUCGCCACUUGCAAGCGCAGCAGCAAAAGCAAGGAUAUUCUCUUGACUUCAGUUAAUUUGCUUGUAAUCUGUCCAAUCCUAUAACUAGUGACCCAUUAAUAACUUUAAAAUGAGAACGACGUCCCCAAUUAUCAGAGUCCACCGGAACUCCUCUUAGCUUAAUUAGCUGAGGACUUGAGGGUGCAAGUGCAGUGAUGGAAUGCAAAUACCAAUACCACAAAGGAUAUUCCUUUGAGAAUUUAUUA